GCAAACAAAUACGUCCGAAUGCACGGUUAUCGGCAAUUCGCUGAUAACGAAUUCGGAACCGCAAUAUAAAACGUUCGGAAGCGAAGUGCGCGUUAUUGACGGUCGAAGGAGGCGCGGGAUUUUCGGUUGUUGUUAUUCGGCGCCUGCCGCGAUGCCUUGAGUGGAUACGGCGGAACUCGGUUGUAAUUUCCCACGUUUUUCAGUAGUUCGCGUUUUGUACGAUACGUGUCUGGGCGGAAGCGACCGAAGAUGGGCCACUUGUUGCACGAAAAUUUGGGUGCGGCCGGGCCCCUGCUCUUGACGGUUGCCUGCGGCAUGACCAUAGGGUAUUCGGCUGUCCUACUUCCUCAGAUCGAGCCCCAGACCAACGGCACCAUCACUGCGACUGUAGACCAGGCUUCAUGGAUAGCCUCGUUGGCGGCCUUGCCGCAAUCAGUAGCGGCCCUGUUGGGGGGCUACCUCAUCGAGAAAUUCGGCAGAAAAACGACGCACGUGAUCACAUCGCUGCCCAAUUUCGCCGGUUGGAUCGUCAUAUACACGGCAUACAACGUGGAGAUGUUGAUGGCAGGCCGCUUCAUCACCGGGUUUUGCGCGGGGGUCCUCGCACCCGCCACUGGCGUCUACAUAGGGGAGACCGCCGAACCCAAGUACAGGGGAUUUUUGCUAGGAGGAAUUUCCUUGUCCAUUUCCGGCGGCCUCCUCGUCUGCCACGUCCUGGGCACAUUCCUCCACUGGCAGACCACCGCCCUCAUCUGCAGCCUCGUGCCCCUCUUGGCCUGCGUCAUCAUGCUGCUGGCACCCGAAUCCCCCGCCUGGCUCGCCAAAAAGGGCAAGACGGAAAAAGCGGAAAAGUCGUUCCGGUGGUUCAGGGGCGAGUCCGACGAAGCCGAGAAGGAGCUCGCCGUCAUGCUCACCAGACAAAAUCAAACGGACGACCCUCACUCCCCCAAGGACCUCGCUUCGAAAUUCAAAGUCCUCCUGCGGCCGGAAUGUCUCAAGCCACUCGGCAUCGUCAUCGUGUUCUUCAUCCUCAGCCAGUGGGCGGGUCCGAACGCCAUCAACUACUACUCGGUGACCAUCAUGAAGCAAACUUUAGGCGACGGCGUCGACGAGUACCUCGCGACGAUCAUCAUCGACGUCAUACGCGUCAUAGUGUCCGUAGUCGGUUGCGUGGUUAUGAGAAAGUACAAGAGGCGCCCUCUGGCGAUGGUAAGCGGUUUCGGGACGUUCCUUUCGUUGUUCCUGCUCAGCGGGUUCACCUACGGCAGCAAAGUCGACCUCGAGCACUCGCAGAUCUUGUCUUACGUCUCCGUAGCCGCCGUCGUAGCUUACAUCGUGUUUAUCACGGUCGGUUUCGUAGCCAUGCAGUGGUCGCUCGUAGGGGAACUCCUACCCCUGACCGGUAGGAGCACGGCUAGCGGCGUGGCCUCGUUCGUGGCUUUCUUCACGACCUUCACCGUCGUCAAGGUCACGCCCGCCAUGUUCAACAGUUUGAAGCCCGAGGGCACUUUUCUGUUGUUCGGCGUGAUGGCCCUUUUGAGUACUGUGUUUAACUACUUCUGCUUACCGGAGACCAAGGGGAAGACGCUGGACGAGAUCGAGGACUAUUUCAAGGGCAAAAAAGAGACGGAGUUGAAGGAGUUUCCGGUGAAAACGUGACCUGUGAUAAGAGCUGGAACGUUCGCUUUGUAAAUAUCUAGGUAGAUUAAUGAUAAUUAUUAAACUGUUGUUAGUGUUAGUUUUAUUUCAAUAGUCAACAACCAACAAAACUACAGCC